UUAAUUUUAUUCCUUACAAAUUUUAUUAAAAAUAUCUUUAAUAAUCUCCACCUGCAGACUCAUCUGGUGCGCUUUGCUCAUCACCAGCGUGGGUUUGUCCUGUUUCUUUUACCUCCUUCUCUCCGAGCGUUUUGUGUCCCAGAAACAACAGACAGUGGUCCAUGAUCCGCAGUACCCGGUUUUUCUGGUCCAGUUUCCAGCCGUGGGCAUUUGCACGGACAAUCGCAUCGAUUGGAGCAAACUGGAGGCGGCCAAGAAGCAGUUUCUGCCUUCAAAUCCCAGUGAGGAACUCGUUGAUAGUUUUACAGUUUUGGUUUCUCGACUAGAGACCUUACGUUUUGGCGAUUAUCUGGCGAAUUUGUCGGACCUGGAGGAUGAUAAUCUGGAGAUUGUGCGAUUUUUGAAUCUGACUCAAUUAGCCAUCUUUUUAACACUUCAGUGCGAGGACAUUAUGGUGGCUCAAUCUUGCGUUUGGCGCCAUUCCUUCUUCAACUGUUGCGAUUACUUUGUGUUGGAAAAGACAGAGUAUGGAUUUUGUUUGGUUUUCAAUUCUGAGAUUUCUCCACGCUCCAAGGCGAUUAGACAAAGGGAAGGAUUCAAUUUUUACCCUUUUCAUAAUGCCAAGGCUGGUCAGGGAACGGGAUUGAAUUUUGAUCUGAUCAUCAAAGAGAAUUUCAAGCGACCCGAUUCCCAGGCCAACAAUAAUGUUUAUGUAAUGAUAAAAAAGCCCGAUCAGUUGACGAAUGUUAUUUAUUCAAUGACCCAAAACACGGAGACUUACGUAACUGUCCGUCCGGAUAUCACGUAGACGGAUGAGACCACCCGUAGCAUUCCGCCGGAGCGCAGGAAUUGCCUUUUUGCGGACGAGCAGCUUGAGUUGGAGUCACACGAUUCUGCCAAGAAAUAUGGUAAACCCUUUCAGCUGACCAACUGUUUGAACAGAUGCCACGAAUCCUACUUGGUUCAACUCUGCAACUGUUCCCUUCCUAUUUUCUUCUUGCUAAAUUCUAGAGUUAAGGAAUGCGAUGCAACUAGCCUGCGGUGCCUGGCUCGUCACAAUGACAUUUUCAGCUACGACAAACGAAAGGACGAGGAUGAACUCUUCAGUGCCACAAAGCCGGGAAUGACCUGUUCUUGUUUGGUGAACUGCUACCUGGUGGAUUAUUAUAUUGCCACAACCACUUUGCCAUUGCCUGCCCAUAGACUCCCCAAAAAUCCAACACAAAAACUCUUCAAGGUGGAUGUGCACUAUCAGGUGGAGACUGUUCCCUUGUAUCGGACCAGUUUGGAAUUCACCAUUAUCGAUUUGAUAGCCAAUCUAGGAGGAAUCUUUGGCCUUUGUUUAGGAGCUUCUAUGGUCAGUGCUUUUGAACUAUUUUAUUAUCUAACUGUGGGCCUUGCCAUGCACUUAUAUGACCACAAAUACUACAGGGCCUUCAAUAAUCAAAUGCGGCUUAAGUGGCGGAAUUUUAAAAGCUAUGUUAAAAAUGAAGUUGGCCAAGCAGCAGAGCAUUCUGCAUCCCAAAAGGAUAUUGGUGAAAGUAUCUUUAGACAUCCCUUUCAGCACAGAAAAAAUGUCUGGUAA